UCAUGACGCUGAUAUUGUUGUCUUAACCCAGUUACUGGGCUGUCUAGUGUCUUCUGUGAGAGCUAGCAGAUACAUGCAGCAGUUAUGUAGCUCAUAUAGAAGGACUUUACCCCCGCGGUGACCGGCUAGCAUUGGCAUGUUACGGUCCUUUCUUCGGGCUCCUUUAGGACCGACUGUCAACCAGACAGCUAACCCAGCUAGCCACACACGCUAGCUAACAAGCUGCUGUGAGUUUGUUUUUCUGUCCCUCUCGUCUCGGAAUAGCUUCUCAACCGAGCUACAUAUCUAUCUCUCCCUCUCUCUGUGUGUGUGUGGUGUUUAACAGACCUUAAAUACACCCCUCUAAUCACCUCCCGGGGCUGCUGCUGCUGUUUUUGCUGUCAAGAUGUGGCAAAGUGUCGGACUCACACUGCUGGUCAUUGUGGCCACACUAGUCUGUGCGCUGCUCUUCAUGGUCUUCGGUUGGUAUGUAGUCUGGCAGCUCUUCUUGUCCAAGUUCAAGUUCCUGCGUGAGCUUGUCGGAGACGCCACCACACCACAAGCUGAAACUCAACCGUCCGAAACCAAGAGUGAGCGUGCAGCAAACGUGCCGACACGGAAUCGACCCCGGACUGCACGCCAAAGAGUUGCCUUCCCAGAGAGCACUUCAUAGAUCAUCCAGGCACUUUUUCUCCCACUGACCCUGCUCUCUACACUACACAAGGAGCUUGUGGACACGCGGCAGUCACAGUCAGCCCCUCUCGUCACCAGGACACUUUAAUCAUAACCAGGCUGACCUCCUGGUUUCAAAGGGAAAAGCCAUUUACAGUACUGUCCAUUUCUGAAUGCCACCUGUUCAGAUGUUUAAUUAUGUACAGUCGUAUGUACAGAGCACUGAGUCAUGGUCCUCCUGUUAUCCUGCAAUAGUGACGGCCAGCUUACAUGAGCGGCCGAGCUGCUUCCUGCCACCUGUGUGGAGAAUGAAGAUGCUCCAUCACACACACACACACACACACACACACACACACACACACACACACACACACACACACACACACACACACACACACACACACACACACACACACACACACACACACACACACACACACACAGAGAAACAGUAUGUUAACUCUCUUAUGUACAUGUUCUCAUCUGUAUUUUUAGUAAAAUAGGCAGAUAACUGUUAAAAAAAAGAGCUUGUCUACAUCAUUUCAACAAGAACAACUGAAGAUAAACGAAACUGAAACAGUGAUAUGUAACUGACAACUUUAUUUUCUUUGAAGCAUAACAAAGUGCAAUGAAAGGAAUGUUAAUGCUGUCAUUUAGUUGUUUCUUGCACAGUAUAUGUAUUAUAGAAACUGUCUCACCCAGUAGAUCACACCCAAAGCCUCGUAAAGGAAGGUGAUGAAUGACAGGGCCUCAUUCCAGCUGUGUAAAACGUGACGCUUUUCUUGCAGCUUCUCCUUCACCCUUUUUUUUUAUAGAUUUAUACUUGAAAGAGUCAGGAGAACGUUUCAAGGAAAUGACUGUUAGCUCUCUGGUGUUCAGAGGCUGCUAUACACAUCGUUAGCUGAUGUCCCGGAGCAACGAAACGAGGCUCCCCGCUGCAGAACAAACCUGCCCGAGUGGUGUCCGAACCCUCUCCCGUUCCCUGUGCCUCUGUCUGUACGAGUGCCUGUCUAGAUGGCAUCCACUGUUUGUUACACGGCCUCUUUUUUAUAAAGCCGACAGUAGUUUGAAUUCCAUUGCAAAUCAAAGCUGACCAGAGCCUAGUCGAUGUUAAUGAAAUACAGUCUCCCUCCAGGUUAAACUUAUGUAACUCUUGCACCUUUUUAUCAGCAGUGAUUUUUUUUUCUUCAGUGGAGCUGUAGCUUCAAAUAAAUAAUGCCAUAAAUAUGUUGAGCCCUGUCCUGUUUGCCUCAAGUGGAAAAGUUGAUGUUAUGGGGGGGGGGUAAAGAAUGAUAUAAUUGUAAAUGUCAUUUAUUUUUUUUAAUAUUGGCUAUAAAUUCCCUGUAUAAUAAACACAAAAAUGCUU